AUUCUAUUCGAGGCCUGUAAUGACUUGAAGUUGAGGCGACCUGAGAGCUUGAGCCCGCGACGAUAACCGCGAUACGCAGGAGCCCAAUUCGCCUGCAAUAUCCGGCUUAGUAAGCGACCGAAACUUGCAGAGAUCGAGGCAAAGCGGUAGUCUAGUGGUUACUGAUCCUUUGUCGGUGUUACGGGGUGUUGCCAUGUCCGACGACGCUACAGGAGGGCGGCAGGCCAUAGCCGGUAGCGAACCUUUGAGGCCCGUCUUGAAAAUGAAGCGCACCGGCAGUUCCUACCCACCUUCCGCGAUCGCCCGCACUUUCCGCCCCCAGGCUGUUACACGCACUGCUUUGGCUUCUUCCGCAUUCGGCCAUUCAACGUCGCCGAUCCCGAUCCCGAUCCCAGCAGCCGCAAUAGCAGCGGCGGUGGCGGCAAAUGCGGCGUCUUUUACAACUCCUUCGAGGGACUUGCUUGACCCGGUGGCGGAGCCCGCGCCGGCCAGGAUUACCAGCGACACCGCUGCUCCGUUGGAAACAUUACCCCCUAAUUCGGCGCCUGCACAGCCCUUCCCGGCCAGAGCACGACGUGAUGUCUCUUCCAGUGAGAAUUUGCCUCCGCAGCCCCGAACUUCCAAGAGCACCGCCCAAAAUGCAAAGGAAACCGAGCGACGAGCUGCGCUAAGCAAGGCGCUGAAAGCACGGUGGGCAUCGGGCGCCAUGAGCGAUGCUGUAAGAAAGAGGCAAGAGACUCUCAAGCGCAGGCAGCAAGAUCUUUUAGGACUGCAACGAGUGAACAAGCACGACGCCAGCUCCCUUCGCCCCUCCAAACCGAAGUCCAGUCAUUUAAACCACCGGUCAACGUCUUGGACUCAGACACAGCUGUCGCAUCUAUUUUUAGAGAAAGAUAGUAAACAGCCUUCUUCCGUUCGUGCAAACACCAUACGGGGGGAAUCUUCUGGAUACGUCGCCUCCGACUCGUCUCCCACAUCUGACGAUGAAAACCUGGGCUUUACCGGCGCUUCAAUGGCUCGGAUUCCUUCAAAACGGCACAACGAUCCUACUUCUGAUGCCGUGGUUAAUGGGUUCGUCAUGGAUGACUCCGCAAGCGACGAUCAGGACUGGGCACACGAAAACGAGAUGUCUGAUUCUUCCCCCACUGACUACCCAGGGUCGCACGGAGGGCCUGCCGUGUCCGAUGUCAUUAAGAAGCCGGCGCCAAACGCCCCAGUUGAGGGGUUAAUGUCAAUUGAGAUGGCUGCUCCAGAUCGCCCGUAUAAAAUGUGGCGAAGUGACGAUGGACUUGCUUUGGCCUAUGGGGCGCUUAUCCCAGAGACUUAUGAGCUUACAGCCGACCCCGAGUACCCCUGGACUUGCCCCGUACGAGACUGCCAGAAAACGUUCAAGUAUGUCAGCAAGCUCGGGCCCCAUUUUGUUUCUUCCCACCGCUGCGCAAUGCUUCAUGACAACGAGGACGGAACCUUCACCAAGGUUGGGUCCUACCUAGAUACCCUAGACGGCACAAAGAACCCGGCCAUCGUUGUCUCCCGAGGUAGCAGUGCAAACUCUCCUCGCUUUCCCGCCCCGAAGAUGCCCCCCAUGGAUAUUCCACGACUAUCCCUGAGCAGGGGGUCGGGAGCGGCACAGGAUUCAAUACUGGAUGAUCAUGACGGCGACACUCCGAUGCUCGACGCAGCUGACUAUAGUCACGACGAGAAUGCACAGACUCUAUGGAAGUACUUACAGGGACUUUUGGUCAAGCAUAAGGGUCCCAGGUGGCCUCAAGGGGGUUAUGUGGAGAAACUGAUAACUCUUCCCCGCGUCCGCGAACUGGAGUGGAACGCUAUCCGGUCCGUAGACCAUCGAUUCCUCGACUCGAAACCGAUAGAUAUCUCGGCAAUGAUUAUCCAGGUUACUGGAGAACCUGCUCCCGAACCGUGCACAAAGUGUAAGAAUGGUAAAGGGCCAUUCCUUGGCUGCGUCAUGAUAUCGAGCACAGCCCACCUGGAUGCCGUCGGCACCAUAUUUGCUUGCGCCAAUUGUUUCUACCAUUUCGGACAAAUAUACUGCAGCCACAAAGUCUGGGGAGCGAAACGGGCAGAAAAGAUCAAACAGAAACGGUUAUCAGAAUUUGACGAGGAUAUGGCCGACGACGACGGCAACGGGGACGAAGGCGACAAAAUUGACAAUGGCAACAGCGAAGAAGACGAUGAAAUUGACGACAGCAACGGCAAAGAAGACGACGAAAUUGACGACGGCAACAGCGAAGAAGACGACGAAAUUGACGACGGCGACGGCGAGGUGGAAAAUAUAGAGAAUUCAAACAUUUCCAUAUCGCCAAAUGGUUUGCCCACGAGCAUUACUAUGGCUGAGCCAAAUAGGCCAUAUACAAUGUGGCCAGACGGCACGGGAAACCUUCAGCCGGGAAUGGGCGCUUUGUUUCCGGCAGGUUACCAACUCGAUUUUGAAACCGCCGAGGAUCGGAGUUGGAUCUGCUCCGUUCGCUCUUGUCGCCGGCUGUUUAUCAAGAGGCAGGAUCUCGGCUUCCACUUUCAGCGUAUCCACUUUGCCAGUCUGCUGAACGAUAAUGGCGAUGGGACUCUCUCGAUUAGAGGCAUAUAUAGAAGCAAAAAGAGGGGCGUGGGCAGGGGAGGGAAAAUCAUCAGCAAAGCACCCCCCUUUGUCGUUUCCAAGGAUGCCUUGGACCCUAACGAAGAACCUUCAGCCCCGCCUAAUGGGCCCGAAACCUCGACUUAUGUUCCCAAAUAUCUUUCUGACAGCCCUGUCGAGCAUAAUCAGACCACGGAAUCAUGGAAUACUGUGGUCGGUCCCAUUCGGCCUCCUAGAGUCGACCCGGCAGGUCUCUGGGAGUCCCUGCGCCCGUAUCUCACCAAUACUCGCGACAUCCCGGACGGCGGCUUCGUCCGUGAACUCCUCCAGAUGCCUCAGGUGCGGGAUCUGAACAUGAACCCCUAUCGGGUCCCCUUGGAGUACGGCGAGAAGUCGGCAAGGGAUGUGGCGGCCAUGGUCAUUCAGGUGACGGGAGAGGCAGUGGUCAAGAAAUGCAAGAGAUGCCGAGAUGGCAAAGGCCCUUUCUCGGGUUGCGUAGCGAUCGCGCGCAAGACAGACGGAGAAGCGAGAUUGCAAUAUACGUCUUGCGCAAACUGUUUGUAUCACGGCCGGUCAACGUACUGCUCCAUGAAAGAAUGGGUUCCGAAGCGCAUGCAGCCGCCAUUCCCGACGAAGCGGAAGAUAUCAAGUAGUAGAGGGCCGUUUCUGACAGAAGAAGCUGGCCUGAUGGAUACGGAGCUCCAGUCUCCGGCUGGAGCUGAAGGAAGAGAACAGUCGUCUGAUCGCGGGCUCUCCCCACCCUGCAUAUCCCAGAGCCUGAGCAACUGGCGCGGCAGAAGCACCAGAGGCUCGACCACGGAGGGGCCCCGUAACCAAAACAAGAAAGCUCCAAAGUCGUCCUUGAUAUCUGUCGGCGCUUUCCAAUCGGCCGAAACUCUCGAGAUGGAGACGUGGGAAAUAGCCCCUGGCCGUCUGAACGAGUCGUCAUCAUCUAAACCUCAAAACAUUGCAUUCUCCAAGGCAUACCUGUCAACGAACCAAGCUGUGCAGGUAUGCGAAGACGUGGCUGUCCGCGUGGAGACGAUCCACUCGGGCACGGCGCUCAGCCUAGCAGCUGAGUCGAGAAAUAUUCGCAUCUGCUCUGUCGCCAGUGGGAAGUUGCGCGUCAAGGUGGGCGACGAGCCUGAGUUCAUCAUUGGCCCCCACGGCAUAUUCAAGGUCCGGGCCGGCGUUUCCUGCACCGUCCAGAACGCCAUGUAUAUCGACGCCAUCUUGCACAUGACAGUGCUUUCGGGAUUCACUUGAUCCUAUUGCGCUCUUGUGGGCUUCCUUUAGAGCUGGUGAGAGGGCUCGGCCUGUUCAAGACUCUCACGAUAAUUUUAAUAUUUACGGCCCUCUAUCAUUACAUAACUAAGUCUUUUUUUGCGUCAGCCUGCGCAAUACUUUCUCAUAUUCUCAGGUAGAUUGGGAUCAUUAGAGCAACAGUAGUCGCAAUACGAACUUGCCGCUUAGGAGGGAUCUUGCCUUACUAGGCACGUAUUAGAA